AUGAAGGCAGCUCGCUCCCGCGCCGCCUCCUCGCACUGGGACGCGGCGGCGGCGCCCGCUGACCGCACCACGCCACCAGGCCGCCGCUCUUCAUAUCAUACGUUAGACAGUGUACAGAUGUACUUCGGAUCGGAGACGUGGGAGCCGCCCGUGGAGACGCGACGACACCGCGUAGGCUUAUUGGUAACGAUUAAUUAUAAUAAUUAUUAUCGUAGCAAACUUUUCCAAAACGAACGAACUCGAAACUCGGGCUGCGCGCUAGCGCUCAGCCUACCUCGCAAACAAAUUUAUAACUAUAAUUCUGCAAAAGAAGACGAGGUGCUAUCGCUUUGUAUUGACACCUUAAUGCUAUUGUUUGAUUUAGAGAGCUCAUUACAGCGCGGGAAGAGAUCCAAUAAUCGCACGGAACGGUCGGGACUUAAUGCCGGCCAAUCAUUAGCUACAAGGGAUAACGGACCCGUCGGCCACUAUGGCCCAUUAACGUUGCAAGAGGCACUGCGAUGCCCCGUGACCAAACGUCAAUGCAACCUCAGCGUGUUUGCAUCCUCGGAUAUGCCCCGAGGAGAGAUGAUCUAG